CGAACGCCUGCUCCUCCGGGUUUGCAGCGAUGGGCACUGCGAGGAGGCAAUUAAAGGUCAUGCUAUGGAAGAACUGGCUUCUCAAAAUUCGUCAUCCGUUUGCAACAAGCGCUGAGGUUUUGCUCCCAACUUUAGUGAUGUUGCUGUUAAUAGCUGUAAGGACUCGGGUUGAUACGCAAAUUCAUCCCGCACAACCGCAUAUCCGAGAAGGGAUGUAUGUAGAAGUGGGCAGGGGUAUUUCUCCUAGCUUCCAACAAGUAUUGGAAGUUUUGUCGGCAAAGAGAGAGUAUUUAGCUUUUGCCCCUAAUACAACAGAAACUGAGCAAAUGAUAGACAUAAUGUCAAUAAAAUUUCCCCUCUUGAAGCUUGUCAGUAAAAUAUACAAAGAUGAGGCAGAGCUGGAGACUUACAUACGCUCAGACAUUUAUGGUACCAGCAAUCAGGCAAGGAAUUGUUCAUAUCCAAAAAUCAAAGGAGCAGUGGUAUUCCAUGAACAAGGUCCUAAGUCAUUUGAUUACAGCAUACGCCUCAAUCACACAUGGGCUUUCUCUGGUUUUCCUGAUGUUAAGACCAUUAUGGAUACAAAUGGUCCUUUUGUCCAUGACUUGGAACUUGGUGUUAGUGCAAUACCAACAAUGCAGUACAGCUUCAGUGGGUUUUUGACUCUCCAACAAGUUGUUGAUUCAUUUAUAAUAUUCAUGGCUCAGCAGUCUGACAUAACCCCUAGCACUGGAAGUGUAGAGCAUCCUCUGCCACGCUCCAAUGAUACUGAUUUUUCUUUCAAAAUUCCUUGGACUCAGUUUAGCCCUGCACACAUACGAUUGGCUCCAUUUCCCACUCGAGAGUACACUGAUGAUCAGUUCCAGUAUGUGAAGAAUUUCAUGGGGAUUUUGUACUUAUUGGGAUUUCUGUAUCCAAUUUCUCGACUGAUCAGUUAUUCUGUGUUUGAGAAGGAGCAGAAAAUUAAGGAAGGGCUCUACAUGAUGGGCCUGAAAGAUGGUGUGUUCCAUCUCUCAUGGUUUAUAACAUAUUCUUUGCAGUUUGCAAUCUCUUCUGGAAUCAUCACAGCUUGCACAAUGGACAAUUUAUUCAAGUAUAGCGAUAAGACACUGGUGUUUGCGUACUUCUUCCUUUUUGGGCUUAGUGCAAUUAUGUUGUCAUUUUUGAUAUCAACAUUUUUCAAACGGGCCAAAACAGCUGUAGCAGUUGGAACCCUUUCUUUCCUUGGUGGUUUUUUCCCUUAUUACACUGUGUAUGAUGAGGCAGUCUCUAUUGUCUUGAAGAUUAUUGCUUCUUUGCUCUCACCCACGGCUUUUGCUCUGGGGUCUAUCAAUUUUGCUGAUUAUGAGCGUGCUCAUGUUGGACUUCGUUGGAGCAACAUAUGGCGGGAUUCAUCUGGAGUAAAUUUUUUGUUCUGUUUUCUGAUGAUGCUUAUUGAACUGCUGUAUUGUGCGAUUGGUCUUUAUCUUGAUAAGGUUCUUCCAAGGGAGUAUGGAUCACAAUAUUCAUGGAACUUUAUUUUCCAAAAAGGCUUUUGGAGGGAGAAACAAGUUGUAAAACAUUGUUCCUCCAGUUCAGACAUAGAAAUUGCUGAUAGGAUUCCCAAGUCAAAAGAAAAAUUUCCAGUGGUAAAUGCUUUCAAACCUGCUAUAGAAGCAAUAAGUUUGGACAUGAAACAACAGGAGCUGGAUGGCAGGUGCAUUAAAAUUAGGGAUUUGCAUAAACUGUAUACUUCUAAAAAGGGGGCUUGCUGCGCUGUUAACUCAUUACGACUUACGUUGUAUGAAAAUCAAAUUCUUGCUCUUCUAGGGCACAAUGGAGCUGGAAAAAGCACAACAAUCUCAAUGCUCGUUGGUCUUCUUCCUCCUACUUCAGGGGAUGCUUUGGUGUUAGGAAAUAAUAUUUUAACUGAUAUUGAUGAGAUACGGAAGGUUUUAGGCGUCUGCCCUCAAAAUGACAUACUUUUUCCCGAAUUGACUGUAAGAGAGCAUCUUGAAAUAUUUGCGGUAUUAAAGGGUGUAGAGGAAGACACUUUGAAGGAUGUUGUUUCCAAUAUGGUAGAUGAGGUAGGUUUAGCUGAUAAAAUUAACACUCUAGUGGGAGCUCUUUCUGGUGGCAUGAAGAGGAAACUGUCUCUUGGAAUUGCAUUGAUAGGAAACAGCAAGGUUAUAGUUCUUGAUGAGCCUACUAGUGGAAUGGACCCAUACUCAAUGCGCUUGACUUGGCAGUUAAUUAAAAAAAUAAAAAAAGGAAGGAUAAUAUUACUGACAACACAUUCUAUGGAUGAAGCCGAUGAACUAGGUGAUCGGAUAGCUAUCAUGGCCAAUGGUUCUUUGAAAUGCUGUGGAAGUUCCCUUUUCUUGAAGCACCACUAUGGUGUUGGUUAUACUUUAACUCUUGUGAAGUCUGCAGCCACUGCUUCAGUAGCUUCUGAUAUUGUCAAACGUCAUGUUCCAUCAGCUACUUGUGUGAGUGAGGUGGGAACUGAGAUUUCCUUCAGGCUUCCUCUCCUGUCCUCAUCAGCCUUUGAGAGCAUGUUCCGGGAAAUUGAAAUUUGCUUGAGAAAAUCAGUUUCUAACUUGAAAUCCACUGAUCAUGAUGGAAAAGAAAGUCUUGGUAUUGAAAGCUAUGGUAUAUCUGUCACAACCCUGGAGGAGGUAUUCCUGCGAGUUGCAGGAUCAGACUAUGAUGAAGUUGAAUGUUUUGAGGAGAAAAAGUGUCCCUUCAUAUCAGAUUCUUUGCCUUCUCAUGCUUCUUAUGAUCAUUCAUCCAAAAACAGAUGGCUUUUUGAAUUUCUUGGAGAUUACAGGAAGAUCAGUGGAUUCAUAUCUAGCACAGUAGCAAGAGCUUGUUAUCUAUUCUUUGCUACGGUGUCAAGUUUCAUAAACUUCUUGAGUAUGCUGUGUUGCAGCUGUUGUGUCAUUACCAGGUCCACGUUUUGGCAGCAUUCUAAGGCUUUACUCAUUAAGAGAGCAAUAUCUGCUCGCAGGGAUCAUAAAACUAUUGUUUUCCAGCUUCUGAUUCCUGCUGUCUUCUUAUUUAUUGGCCUUCUGUUUCUCAAGCUUAAGCCACAUCCUGAUCAGCAGUCCUUGACCCUUACAACAUCUUACUUUAAUCCUUUGCUGAGUGGAGGUGGUGGGGGAGGUCCAAUUCCUUUUAAUUUCUCUUUUCCAAUUGCUGAAGAGGUAGCCAAUUGUGUCAAAGGAGGGUGGAUUCAAAGGGCCAAACCUACUGUAUACAAAUUCCCUAAUCCAGAGAAGUCAUUACAUGAAGCAGUGGAAGUAGCAGGGCCAAUUCUUGGACCUGCUUUACUUUCGAUGAGUGAAUAUUUGAUGUCUAGCUUUAACGAAUCCUACCAGUCUAGGUAUGGGGCAAUUUUAAUGGAUGAGCAGUACAAAGAUGGAGGCUUAGGCUACACUGUUCUACACAACUGUUCUUGUCAGCAUUCUGGUCCAACCUUUAUCAAUUUGAUGAAUGCGGCAAUUCUUAGGCUUGCUACUCGUGACAUGAAUAUGACAAUUCAGACACGUAACCACCCUCUGCCAAUGACACAAAGCCAGCUCUUACAACAUCAUGAUCUGGACGCUUUUUCUGCUGCAAUAAUUGUCAAUAUUGCCUUCUCUUUUAUACCCGCCUCAUUUGCUGUUUCCAUUGUAAAGGAACGGGAAGUUAAAGCUAAGCACCAACAACUAAUCAGUGGGGUUUCUAUUUUUUCAUAUUGGGCUUCUACAUUUAUAUGGGACUUUGUGAGCUUCUUGUUUCCUACCUCCUUUGCAGUUGUUCUCUUUUACAUCUUUGGUCUGGAUCAGUUUGUUGGAGGUCCUUCUUUGCUGCCAACAGUCCUCAUGUUUUUGGAAUAUGGACUGGCAAUUGCAUCAUCAACGUACUGCCUUACAUUUUUCUUUUCUGACCAUACCAUGGCUCAGAAUGUGGUUCUCCUGGUCCACUUCUUCACUGGUCUAGUACUAAUGGUUAUUUCAUUCAUUAUGGGACUGAUACCAUCAACGACAAGUGCCAAUUCUUUUCUUAAGAACUUCUUCAGAUUAUCUCCUGGAUUUUGUUUUGCUGAUGGGUUUGCUUCACUAGCUCUUCUACGGCAAGGGAUGAAAGAUAAAACAAGUGAAGGGGUGUUUGAUUGGAAUGUUACUGGUGCUUCUAUCUGUUAUCUUGCUCUGGAGAGCAUCAGUUACUUUGUGUUAACACUUGGAAUUGAAGUUUUUCCUUCUCUCAAAUUGACUCUGUUCAUGAUCAAAAAGUGGUGGGAAAAUAUUGUCCCACGUAAUACUCCUUCUUAUCUGGAAAACCUAUUAGAACCUUCCCUGGAAACUGUUGGCAUAGACUGUGAUGAAGAUGUAGAUGUGAAAACAGAAAGAAACAGAGUAAUGUCAGGUACCCUUGACAAUGCCAUCAUCUAUCUGCGUAAUCUUCGUAAGGUCUAUUAUGAAGGGAAGCUUCGCCAGCAAAAGGUAGCAGUAGAUUCAUUAACCUUUGCUGUUCAGGAAGGAGAAUGCUUCGGAUUUUUAGGGACAAAUGGAGCUGGAAAGACCACAACUUUGUCCAUGUUGUGUGGAGAAGAGUCUCCAUCUGAUGGGACUGCUUUUAUUUUUGGCAAGGAUAUAUGUUCUCAUCCCAAGGCUGCUCGCCAGCAUAUUGGUUAUUGCCCACAAUUUGAUGCUCUCUUGGAAUAUUUGACUGUACAAGAACAUCUUGAGCUUUAUGCUAGAAUAAAAGGUGUUCCAAGUUGCAUAAUAGAUGAUGUUGUUUUGGAAAAGUUAGAGGAGUUUGACUUGCUGAAGCAUGCUAAUAAGCCAUCAUUUUCUCUUAGUGGAGGAAAUAAAAGAAAAUUGUCUGUUGCAAUUGCGAUGAUUGGAAAUCCUCCUAUAGUCAUUCUUGAUGAGCCAUCCACGGGUAUGGAUCCCAUUGCCAAACGAUUCAUGUGGGAUGUAAUAUCUAGGAUCUCAACAAGACGAGGAAAGACAGCAGUAAUUCUAACUACCCAUAGCAUGAAUGAAGCUCAAGCAUUGUGUACGCGAAUAGGAAUAAUGGUUGCUGGCCGAUUAAGAUGCAUCGGAAGUCCACAGCACUUGAAAACAAGAUAUGGGAAUCAUCUGGAAUUAGAGGUGAAACCUACCGAAGUGAGCUCUGAAGACCUAGAAAUACUCUGUAAAGCUAUACGAGAAAGGCUUUUUGAUGUUCCAUCUCAUCCAAGAAGCUUACUUGAUGGCCUUGAAAUUUGCAUUGGAGGCGCUGACUCCAUUUCAUCAGAUGCUUCUUUUGCAGAAAUUAGCUUGUCACAGGAAAUGAUUGUCUUCAUUGGACGCUGGCUUGGCAAUGAAGAAAGAAUAAAGACGCUUAUCUCUUACGCACCUGUAUCUGAUGGGGCUUCUAGCGAACUGUUAUCUGAACAACUGUUUCGAGAUGGUGGUAUUCCGUUGCCGGUAUUUUCUGAGUGGUGGCUGUCCAAAGAAAAGUUCUCGGCAAUAGAUUCAUUUAUUCUAUCUUCUUUUCCUGAAGCAAGGUGUCAAGGGUGCAAUGGUUUGAGUAUGAGAUACCAGUUACCAUAUGGUGAAGACUUUUCUCUUGCGGAUGUUUUCGGACUUAUUGAAGGAAACAGAAAUAGACUGGGCAUUGCAGAGUACAGCAUUAGCCAGUCAACCCUGGAGACCAUAUUUAAUCAUUUUGCAGCUAGCUCAUGAGACGUGCCAUUCAUCACUUUCUUCUGAUAGAAAGUACUGCGGUGUGAUAAUGCUGUAUAAUGUUCUUUCUAGUGAUAGACCAUACGUAAAUAUCAACGGCUGAAAAUUUAAGAGUCGUUGAGUCAUAAGUUGUGUAAGAUGACUCGGGGUACCAUCGAAUUGUAAAUAGAUUCCCUAUUGUCCUGCCAUUUUUUCUUUGGCCGGCGAGAAUUGUCACACUUUAAUCCAGCAGUUUCUGUUGCUCCAUUUCCUGCAAUGUUUGAAGUCAAAACCAGAGUUGGUGGCCGAAGGCUUCCUUCUAGAUCUUUUGAAAGAUUACAUUAUUCUUUGUUCUGGAAACGAAAUCGAAAUCGAAUCGAUGAAUUGGUUAAGUUACAGAGAAACCACAGAAUUGAGGAAACAGUAUUAUCUUCUCUA